AUUCGAUUCUGUUAUUUUAUUCUAUUUUGAAUCGAUAAUUUUACAUAUAAUAAGAGUGCAAUAGCAAUGAAAAUUCGAUUAGUCUAUGCACAUGAUUAAUCACUGUUUUUUAUAACUCAUUAAUAAAAUUACAACAAAAAUUUUUGUUGUUGUAAAAAAAAAUAUUUCGAAUGAUAAUUUUUAAAAUUAUUUUAGGAAUUUCCAAUUACUGAUAUUUUUAUAUUUUUAGGACAUUUUGCAUAUAUAAAAUAUAUCAUUUCUUGAACAGUAGUUCAGAAUACAAAAUCUAUAUACAUAUUUUCGUAUGUAUCUUAUCUCUGAUAAAAUGUAUAGGAUUUUUUAUUUCUGAGCUGAGUGGCGCUGGAGUAAUUAUAGCUUAUAUAUAAGAUAUGUUAUUCAUCAGUAAAAUUGUUUUUGUGUUAAAAUUGCAUUAAAAUAAUUAUUAUCGAUGCUUUAACUUAUAAUAAAUAAAAAAGAAUAUUUUGAACUAUAUGUUUUAUGAAAAAAAUGUUUAAAAUUGUAUACUGUAAAAGAAUUUUUAAUAUAAUAUUCAACAAGAUGCUACUCAAUUUUUAAGAAAUUCCAUGUAAAUAUUUAUAUUAGAAGAAAAUGGUACGAAUAAAAUGGUCUUUAACUAAAGCACCUAAUAUUCUUAAACUUAAUUUGAAACAAAAGUGGUGGCGUCUACAAAUCAUUACAAAAUCUUUAUUUUAUAAUGAAUUUUUAAAUUGGAGUUAUGUUUGUGAUAUACUUUUGGAACCAAUGUUCUGGUUUGUAGAAAAUUUUACUGCAUGUUUAGGACCUGUAUUUGUAGUAAUGGUAAGCCUUUUAACUGCAAGUAUUGUAUACAUUGCAUAUUACAUUGGUCUACCAUAUUGGUGGGAAAAAAGUCCAUUGAUGACAAUAAUCCUCUUAGUGAUUGGAAAUUGGUUAUUAGUAAAUGUAUGUUUUCAUUAUUAUAUGGGUGUAAAUGUUCCAGCUGGUUAUCCACCAGAAGGUGGUCUUAUACCAGAGGCUGUGAGUAUUUGUAAAAAAUGUAUUAAACCAAAGCCUCCUAGGACCCAUCAUUGUUCUGUAUGUAAUAGAUGUAUUCUUAAAAUGGAUCAUCACUGCCCAUGGUUAAAUAAUUGUGUUGGUCACUAUAAUCAUAGGCAUUUCUUUCAAUAUAUGGUUUUCACAGUACUUGGUAUUUUAUUCAUAAUGUUAUUUGGUGUAGAGAUUGCAUAUCAAGAAUUCUUUCCAGCACAGGAGCCAGAAUUAGAUGGUCAUCCAGUGCGUAUUAAUAAUUCUGAAAUAAUUCCUAUGACUGAGUCAUUAGAUCAUCUAAGUGAAGAAGAAUUAGCUGAAAUAGCAAAAAAAGCUGCAGAUACAAACAUUAAAGAAUGGAAACGUCGACUUAUAGUUUUUGCAGCACUAAUUUGUGUAGCCACAUUUGCAGCAUUAGGAGCACUUACAUGGUGGCAUGCAGGUCUUAUUACAAGAGGAGAAACAAGUAUAGAAGCACGUAUAAAUAGCACAGAAACGCAAAAGUACAAGAUACUUGGAAAAAUAUAUCAAAAUCCAUAUAAUUUUGGACCAAGACAAAAUUGGAAACUUUUUUUAGGAAUAAUUGGAAGAAAUUGGUGGUAUGUACUUUUUCCAUCUACUCAUGGACCAUAUGGAGAUGGUCUUACAUGGAAAACUAUUCAUGAUACAAAAAUAUCUUGAGUAUAAUUUCUCUAUUAAUAAUUACAGAAGUUAUACUUGUUUUUUACAGUCAUAAAAAAUAUCAUUUUUACAGAUUUAAAAAUCUUCUAGUCAAACUAUACAUACUUUGAUUAAUAUAAUAUAGUCUGAGAAUUUUAAUGUCAACCUUAAUCAAUAUAAAUACAGACUUUGUACAUCAACAAAAUUAUUCAAUAUGUACAUAUAUCGAUCACGAUACCUUUAACAAACAAUUUUAUCUAAUGUUAUAUUUAUUGUAUAUUUUUUAAGUAGUACCAAUAUCAAAUAUAUUUUACACUUUUAAAUCAGUCAAAAUAACUGCUAAAAAUAAAAAGUUUUUUAUCUUUGCAAAA